AGUGGCGGUGUCGCGGGCGACGGAGAGGGACGGCAGCGCGCGAUGGAGCCGAGGACUCCGCAGACCGGUCGGCCGUGCCACCAGUGGUCGGUAUCCGCCGACAUCUGCUUCGGAGGAGGUGGCGGAGUGCGGGCGUCACACAGUUUCACUCCGGCAGGGACCUCGCACAGCGCAGCGGCGGCGGGACGGCAGGGACCCGAGGCGGCGGCAGGGGUGAGGCCUGAUGUGCGGGUUAGUUACGGACCGGACAACUCGGUGCGUCUGCACUGCUCAUGGAGCAGCAGUCCCAGUCUGCACACACUGACACAGCAGCAGCAGCAGCAGCAGCAGCAGCAGGGGCUACGUCAACAAAGUCACCCGCCGAACCACCCUCAGCAGCCGUUCGAGCAGCAGUGGCAGCAGUGCCAGCCACAGAGGCAGCAGCAUUACGGCAGGACGGUCUCAGACAUGGGCCGGCCUCGAGCUCGUCUGGACCGUGACCCGUGCAGCGGCCCUCCCCAGAGGACCUCCACCUGGUCCGCGGCCUCUCCGGGCUGCGACAGAACCUCAGCAGCCGGUCCCCGCGGCGGCAGCAGCCGGGCCAGCAGCACCCAGCAGCAGCACGGCCGCUGCCGCAGCAGCUGCAGCAUCGUCCUGGAGCCGGCCGAGCCGCCGGCUGCGGGCCCGGAGCGGGUGAACGUCAGACGCAGCUACAGCAUACACGGCAAGUCACCAACACCCCGGCCAUCGGAACAAGAACGGCAGAGGCCAAACUCCCUGCAUGGGCUGACUGGGGAGACGUCGAGCAUCGUGCAGUACAGAAGAGGAGAGGGGAGAAGUCAACUGCAGGAAGAGAGGGCAGAUGCAAAUCGUGAUACGGUUCAAAGGACUUGUAACAUGCCAGAUGGAAGACAACGUGAAACGCAAAGGCCUGCCACCCAAGAAACUCAACGGGUCUUAGCAAGAAAAACUGAGGCAUCAGAACAACGUCAGGGUAAUGAACCCCAAAUAAACAAUGACUGUGCUGACAGAAACAAAGGACGCGCAAAACACGGAAGCCCCUCGAAGGCAUCACAAAGCUCCCAACGCAGCAAACCCUCUUCUGAGAGACGUGCUCAUCAAAAUGGCCGAGGCUCUUCGACAAGAUCGCGGUCUCAGGGACGCUCUGAGCACUCCUCCGUCCAGAGGGAGGGCCAAAACUCUUCUCGCCACAGCUCUGGCAACAACAGCUCACACUACUGCCAAGGCUGUGACGGAGCCAGAUCUCACUCACGGGACAGGCGCGGACGCGGGGACCUGGCACACCGUGCCCGGUCGCUCGCUGACAGCCGAAGAGGAGGCGGCCUCUCAGCCGAAUCUCGUCGUCGGACCGUUUCCGAGCACAGCUCUGUCUCCCAGGAGGUGCACGCCAGUGACGGCUCCCCGGAGCGAUUCUCAGAGACGUCGCUAUGCACCUGCCGCAGCAUCCGCCCGCUGCUCUGCGGCGGCUGCGGACGGACCACCAGCACAGGGUCAUCUCGGCCCAACGCCAGGACGAUCCUGGACCGCUUCUACGACCAUCUCCAUUCGCGCUCGAACAAGCCCGCCCAGCCGAGGAUGGGUCAGGCGGUGUACAACAUGAGUCACCCGAUCCAGCCGCCAGCAACAUCGCGGACGUCAUCACAUUCCGGCAGGAGUCGGUGGAGGGAGUCGCGGCAUGCCCGGUACCAGGCUCACGGGAGGACUGUCCACAUAGACGUGUACUGCACUGGUUCAGAGGCAGACGACAGCGGCAGUGAGAGCGGUGACUCUGGAGGCGCCAGCGGCGGCACCUCCACUCCCCAGACCGUGUUCGAGACGGGCCAGUAUCGAGUGAUACACCGCCGCGCGCGUAGGUCCCUACCCCGCGCCCUGCAGCGCCGGCGGAGGGCUGCCAGCGCUGAUCGCGUUCACCAUCACGACUGCCGCGCAGAUCGACUCACACCCACGGCAGCCGAUGAUUCUGACUCGGACGACUCCGACUCGCCGCGUGACCUCACCGUGUCUCCCCGUGAUGUCACUGAGUCUGUGGACAUCAGCUGCUGCGAGUCGGCGGUCACGUGGCGGGACAGUGACUCGGAGUCUUCACCUCAAGACGGCACCAAGACAUGGCGUUCCCCCGACCUCGAACGCCGACUUCUUGGGGGACUCGGAGGUCUAUCUGGUUCUACAGCAUCCGGACAACCUGAAAGUGUUGCAGCUUCCGAAAGCACUGGACGUCCAGAUACUCUUGAAGGGCUCGGGGGCUUUGUGCGACUUGGAGGACGUCGGCCGGCACCGGACCCAGAGUCGUCGACACCCUCGCCGGCCCCGACUGGCUGGUGUGAGCGGCACGACACGGUGCGUGUUCGCACGGCGGCCGAUCCCCCGACCCCGGAGACGGUUCCGCCGUCAGCCCCCUGGCAGAGUCCCGCCGCCUCUGAGCAGACGGUGCCCCACCUGACGGUGACCCCAGUGCAGCCGCCGCGCUCCAACUUCUCCCCGGGCCGGCUGCGGAUUCCGAACGUCUUCCAGCAGUUCCUGGUGCCGUUGCGCCGACCCGGCCACCACGUCGGUCCGCCCAAGAACCCGGCCUGCUCGUGCAGCAGCUGCGUGGCUCACUGCGAGCAGCGCGGCAUGAGGAGCCGAGCGAUGAGCGAGUCGUAUGUGGAGAGCGGCCGGGUGGCGCCGCCGGGCCGGCCCCUGCCGCACACCCUGGAGAGACCGGGCCACCGGCCGCUGCCCGACACCCCUCCGGCACCGACCGAGGGCCGGCCCCCGCUCCGGACAGACCCCGCGCGGCCCGCUGAUAGUGAAGGAGAUGACGCCAGGAGCGGAGGGCGGUCAGCGAACGACCGGGUCAACGGAGGACAGAGCAGAGGAGUGGACGGAGAGAGUGGAGGAGGGUCGACAGAGCGCCAGAGGAUAGCCCUGGAGAAGGUGGCCGCUGCAGCUGAGGACCAAGUAGACUCAAGUCACUCAAGCGACGUUUAAAAGCAGCAGCAGUCUGCCUAACGAUUCGAAUUCACCGUUAGAAGCUCUAACACCAAAUGUAGUGCAGAGUGGUGUUCGAUCUCAAAAGGCUCCGCCGAGGAGCAGUGUUAGUGAGAAUAAUUCAAAUGCCGUCUGCCCUGAGGAGGAUUCGACAUGCUCCAGUCGCCACUCCAGUAGAGGAAUCACACCUGCCUCUUUGCUUCAGCUCAGGCUGCAGGGGUGUCAGGGACUACUGGAAGACUUAUCCGACGGAGACGACAAGUCCCCGGACCGAACAGCAGCCAGAAAACGGAACAGGAGGCACGAUGUGGUGAUGGCCGUUCUCCGGAUUGACGACACGCUGGUCGACCACACGGACUGGAAAAGGCCGUCUCUUCACUGCUGGGACCAAGUGUAUCAUAUACAUAUCAACAGACUGCAAAUUUUAAGGAUUGAUGUUUACUGGCGGGACAGUCGGUCGCUGUGCGCUGUCGGCUGGCUCACACUGGGAGAUAUCGCCGGGGAGGAGCGGCAGUCGCUGGCCCUGCAGCUCCAGCCCCGGGGGCUUCUGUUCGUACAGGUGAGGCCCGUGCAGAGCGCCGACUCCGGCCGGCGGUCCCGUCUGCGCCCUCAGCGGCGGGUGCAGCGGAGGGGCCCGCGGCGCCCGCUGACGCCCGAACAGCUCAGCAUCGCCCUGUCCACCUGGAGCCGCCCGCUGCGGGCGGGGGCGGCGGCGGCGGCGGACAGCCCGCCGCCCAGGGUGCUCCACCCGCUGCCAGUGCGCAGACUUGACCGAGCCCGAUGUCCAUCGAGAACGGGCCGCCAUUCCACAGAAUGCACCGGAGAAGAUAUGGAGGAGCCCACUGAACAUUUACCCAGCGUGUCGCCAAGGUCCUCCGAUGGAAAUUCGGCCACUGCAGUGGACGCCUGCAACGGAAUCGACUCAACUCUUACUGAACCGGGAUCGACAUCUACUCCAUCUGAGGGCGCCGCCCCACACGAAGGAGAGGUCUCCGCCACCGUGUUCGUUCGUCAGAGGUCGGAGAGUCCGGUCGGCAGCGACCAUUCCACCGGACUGGUGAGACAGACCACCGAGUGCUUCGUGCCGUCCCAGCAGCUGGACCUUGAGCUGGAAGACGCCGAGAGGACGGAGACAGCACAACCACGGCUGAGAAAAACGAACGCUAUCUCAUUAGAGACCACGGAUGUCGAAGACAAUGAACUGAGAUUGCAAGUGACAGACAGUGUAGACGUAACAAAGACUCGGUCAGACAAUAGCGAGAUGAUAGAUAAUUCUGAGAAGGUUACGAAUCCCACCGAUUGCGAGCAUAGUAACCAGAUGACGGGUAAUUUCGACCAAAGAGCAGCACGAGCAAAACUCUCCAUCCCAUUAAUCACCCACUCAUCCCAGCCAACCCCAAAGCUGAGCACUUCCUCCGAAAUCUCCGAUCUGAGGAGAUUGAGUGUCGAAACGGACAGCUCAGAACUGCGAAAACUCAGCGUGGAAACGCUCAGUUCAGACAUUCGACUAACCAGUGCCGCGACUGACGACUCCGAACUGCGGAAGAUCAGUUUCCCGACCGGCAGCUCCGAGCUCCGGAAGCUCAGUGAGGCCACCGACAGUGAGCUGCGGAAGCUCAGCCUGCUGACGGACAGCUCGGAGGGCAGCGAGGCGCUGACGGGGCGCGUCCGUCUGCUAACCGCCGGGUCAGAGACCACCUUCAGCCUGGUGUCGCCGCUGGUCGACGAACCAGACGAUGAUACGACCCCGGACUCUGCCCGGACCACGUACUGGCCGCAGCCACCGUUCGACCGCAGUGAACCUGACGGCGGUCUGUCUCACGGCCCGCUCCUGGCUCCGGACUUCACUCUGGAGGACUUUCGGACGGUGGCGGUCCUCGGGCGCGGCCACUUCGGCAAGGUGAUCCUGUCUCAGCGGCGCAGCACGGCCGAGUACUACGCCAUCAAGUCGCUCAAGAAGGCCGACGUGAUGGACCGGGACGAGUUGGAGUCGCUGCUCGCCGAGAAGCGUAUCCUGGAGCUGGUGACGGCCGUGCGUCACCCGUUCCUGGUCAACCUGUUCGGGUGUCUGCAGACCCCGACGCACGUGUGUUUUGUGAUGGAGUACGCGCCCGGCGGCGACCUCAUGAUGCACAUCCAGUCGGGCGUGUUCUCCGAGUCGCGUGCUGUGUUCUACGCGGCCUGCGUGCUCCUGGGGCUGCAGUUCCUCCACCAGCACGACAUCAUCUAUCGAGACCUGAAGCUGGACAACCUUCUGAUGGACGCGGAGGGGUUCGUCAAGCUGGCCGACUUCGGCCUCUGCAAGGAGGGCGUCGGCCGGUUUGGCCGCACGGGCACCUUCUGCGGCACCCCGGAGUUCCUGGCGCCCGAGGUGCUCACAGAGUCGACCUACACGCGCGCCGUCGACUGGUGGGGACUGGGGGUGCUCAUCUUCCAGAUGCUGGUCGGCGAGUCGCCGUUCCCGGGCGCUGACGAGCAGGAGGUGUUCGAGAACAUCAUCCAGGCGGCGCCUCGCUUCCCGGCCCAGCUCUCGCUGCCGGCCGUAGCCGUAAUGCGCAGGCUGCUGCGGAAGGACCCGGUGCGCCGGCUGGGAUCCGGCAGCGGAGGAGCCCGCGACGUCCAGCGACAGGCGUUCUUCGCUAGCGUGCAGUGGGAGGAGCUGGCGGCGCGCCGGGUCCCACCUCCGUUCGUGCCCGUCCUGGACAGCAUUGAGGACGUUUCGAACUUUGACGAGACGUUCACGGUGGAGCGGGCGAUCCUGACGCCACCGGUGUCGCACCGCGCCAUCAGCAGCAGCGAGCAGAGCCUGUUCAGCCACUUCACCUACACGGCCGACUGGUGCUGAUCCUGCUGACGCUGCGGCAUGCUCAGCGGCUGGGUCCGCGCAGUCUCGCUGCGGGCUACAUGACUUCUGGGCCGUAACCGUGCCGGGUCCUUUAGUCGAUGAAAUUGAAGCGUAGAUGAUGCGGAGUGAAAGGUUUCGCAGUACUUCAGAAGAAAAUAAUUGCACCCGCAAGCCAGCCGGCUGUGAAUAAUAUUGCUGGAACACCAGGCGAUAGAUACUCAAUCGAUCGGUGAACUAGAGCCUAUAUAACAACAAUAGGUAUGUACCUAAUGUACCUAAUGUAACUAAGGCGUUGCGACUGCGCCUCCAUGGUCUCCAUCAUCCAUAACGGGCUGAGUAAUGUGGAAUGUGUAUUCUUCAAUGUGAAGGACUCAAAACGUAAUCGGUUGUGAUGGCGAGCUUCGAUUAAAGCGAAAAUACAAAACGUGAAUUAUGCCUUCUGUAAUGUCAAUGUGUACCUAUUUACCGCACUUCAACUACAGUUGACAACCGACCUA